AUGCCUACUCAUCGAGAUCGCAAGAACCCCAGCUCUGGCACCAAGGUCAAUCUGGGUCGAGAUGCUCCGGUCAAUCUCGAAGCAGCUGGGUUAGCUGCAUCGGGAUCACUCGCCGCAGAAUCAAUCCAAAAGGGCGGCGAAUUUGCGCAGAACCGCACCGCCCAGCCCGAGGCCAUGUCAGGUUCUAACCUGGAAAGCCAGUCCGGAUCUGCGGGCGAAGCGCCGAGAAACGUGACAAAGCAUCAUGGCAAGGGUACAAAGGGAUCACAGGGGAAAGCAAUGAAAGAAGGUGUUGGUGAGGAGUCUGGAAAGUGGGAGGAUGGGCUCGAGAGGGCUCUGAGGUCGGAGCCGGGGAGUGAGGACGACCCAAGCAGAUUGGCGGAAGCGCAGAUGAUGCAAAGGCAGAGUUUGGGGGCUCUGGGGGCUAAGCCGAGGCAGAGCGGUUUGAAGGGGGAGACCAUGUACGAUGCGUUGGACAACGAGGUUUCUUUAUGGCUUCGUCAUUUUUUCGAUCGAUUUCAUUCCAGGAUAUUCACGUUUCGGGAGAAUCAUCAUUCUGAAGACGGGCAUCAUCACAUCAAGGCGUAUAGUCGUCAUCGCGAAGACAUGCCCGUCAUUCCGGAGGAGAAGUCAUCGCUACGACCGCCACGGCCAUCGGAGGUUGAUUCAGAGAGACAUGGCAGCACAGAUGACUCGAAACAAAGAGAAGGCCGGAGAGAUGCAGCCAGAAACACAGAUGUACCGUCUGAGCAGGAUAUUAAUGACGAGGAGAUGGAGCACCAGCGAUAUGGAGAGGCGCAACCGCAGCUUGUGCCCACCGACAUGAUCGAGACGAUGAUCUCAGCACAGGGGCGGAAGAAGGACAGCCUCAGCGACGCGUGAGACGCCAUACACACGAAGUUUUAAUCCCGACAUCACCGAGACUGAAUUAUGGGAGAAACCAGCAGAAGUAUUACUGCGGAGGACAUGUUUAGAAGAAUUGAUACCAAGAUAGUAAUGUUGAUAUUGCCAUUGCCAGAUUUGGCAGAACCGGUAUAGGGUAGCUUGGGUAGGACAGGAAAACUCAGAUGUGGUGACGACCCACUAAGGCGAGGGUGACGUCAAGCUGCUUCAAGGUUUUUCUAGCAUGUGCGAACAAGAGACUGU